ACAGAAAUGAACUGUGACGUGUGGAAAGCGGCCCCCGUGAGGUCUUCCAGCUGCUCCAGCAGCAACCACAGUGGCGAUGGGAGCUGGGAUCCCCCGAGUGACUUUUCCACCCCCUCCACCCCUUCACCGCCCCUGACCGCCGACAUCACGACCAGCAUCCUGUCCUCCCUGCAGUCCGACCUGGAGGAAACGGAAGCCACCCAGUUUCUCUUUGGGGAGCCAGUACCCAGGAAGAGGAAGAACUCCACGAAAGUGAUGUUCAAGUGUUUGUGGAAGAACUGUGGGAAGGUCCUCAGCAGUUCCUCGGGGAUGCAGAGGCACAUCCGAGCCAUUCACCUGGGGAGGAAGGCUGACCUGGAUCAGAGUGAUGGAGAGGAAGAUUUUUACUACACCGAGCUGGAUGUCAACGUGGAUUCCUUGACCGACGGUCUCUCCAGCCUGACUCCCGUCUCCCCAACCUCCCCGGUUCCCCCUCCCUUUCCAGUCCUGGAGGAGGUCCAGAAAAUCCUGCCUAUUCCACUCGACCCCAAGGUUUCCGUGGUGUCUCACCUGAGCCAGUCGACACCCCUAAACCUCCUCAGCCAGUCGGCACCCACAGGUCUGGCGCACAUCCAAACCGAUCAUGCCUAUCAGGUGUGUGUUUCCAGUCAUCCAGAGGAGCCUUUCCGGCCAGAUCAAGUGUCCACCAGAUCCCACAUGUGAAGCGAUUCAAA